AAACCAAUGGCGAAUCAAGAAUUGUUAAUAAAUUGCAUAAAAUACACGAUCUUAAUCAUAAAUCUGCUGAUUGGAGGCUUUUUCAUAUGGUUUGGAAUAUUUCUCUGUACAAGUUUCCGCAACAAUAAACCCCUGAUCUUCGAUAUACAAAUUUCAACACCUGCGUUUCUCAUCGUCAUUGGAUAUUUUAUCGUUGUAAAUGCCGCUUUGGGACCCAAUGGAAUCAUUAAGGAGAUUGUGGUUCUAAUAAACAUGUUUAAGUGCUGCGGAAUGAAUAAUCAUACAGACUGGAAGCAGUCUUUAACCAGCGGGAGCUACCUCAUUGACCUGGAUGCCACCAAUCAUAUGAAAAACGACAUCUAUUUGGUCUGAGAAAAUAC